CGUGGCAGUCACGUGGGACUGUCAGUGAGGCUCGAGCGCCGGGCCUCUCAGUGAGGGGGGGAGAAUAAACAGUUACCGUUGAGAAGGUCAGAAUCAGUCGGACUUCGAGCCCGCCGUGGCAGGGGUUAUGAGUCUCGAUGAAUACGCGACGACGCCACGGUCCCUCCAGUACUGAGCAGGGAGUCUACCUCGGGCCAGCACAGACGCAAGUCCUCACUUCCAAAUCCCUCCCUUCGGUCCCGGUUGCUUCUGGCCCAGUGCCCCCGUUUCAGGAAGAGAUCAUGUCGUGCCGCGACCGCACGCAGGAGUUUGUUGCUGCUUGCAAGUCCAUGCAGAGCAGGCAGAAUGGGCUGCAGGUUAACAAACCUCUCCUGAAUGCUGUGCGCCAGCGGAGUGAGUUCACCACCAUGGCAAAACGGAUCGGUAAAGAUUUGAGUAACACGUUUUCCAAGCUGGAAAAGCUGACCAUAUUGGCAAAGCGGAAAUCCUUGUUCGAUGACAAAGCUGUCGAGAUUGAGGAGUUGACGUACAUCAUCAAACAGGAUAUAAACAGCCUGAACAAGCAGAUCGCACAACUACAAGACUUUGUCAGAACCAAGGAGAGUCAAAAUGGCCGACACUUACAGACGCAUUCCAACACCAUUGUGGUCUCCCUGCAGUCCCGGCUGGCCUCCAUGUCGAAUGAUUUUAAGUCGGUUCUCGAAGUGAGGACAGAGAAUCUCAAAAUGCAGAGAAACAGAAGAGAGCAGUUCUCACAUGCCACAGUUUCAAGCCUCCCGCCAUCAGCUGCGAAUGGUUAUGGUGGGUCAGUGUUGCUGCAAGACGACGCACGCAGAUCGGGGGACAUCGCCAUUGACAUGGACGCCAAGACCAGCCAGCAGCUUCAGCUCAUCGACGAGCAGGAUUCCUACAUCCAGAGCAGAGCGGACACUAUGCAAAACAUCGAAGCCACCAUCGUGGAGCUGGGCUCCAUUUUCCAGCAGCUCGCGCACAUGGUCAAGGAGCAAGAGGAGACUAUUCAGAGGAUCGAUGCCAACGUUGAGGACACUGAGCUGAACGUGGCGGCGGCGCACACCGAGAUCCUCAAAUACUUCCAGUCCGUCUCCUCGAACCGCUGGCUGAUGAUCAAGAUCUUCCUCAUCCUCGCUGUCUUCUUCAUCGUCUUCGUGGUGUUCCUGGCCUAGGACCAGCUCCUGCCCCAUCCCCCACUCGCCCAACCCGAAUCGGCAACCCUCCUCCAGACUCCUCACCCCACCCUUCUACCCCCUCACCGCGACCUGAGAGAGAGGCCAUGGGACUCGAAGGCCCUGGAAACACCAGGCGGCAGUGUCCGAACAAACCCGUUGCUGCCGUCGGUGGGUUGCCGAGUCUGGGCCGGAGACAGAGAAAGUUCCAGAAAAUUAGAGCCGGCAGAGCCGUCCCCCCCCCUCUCGCCCAUUGUUUGAGGGGCACUGACCUGCCCGUUACCCUCCAUCUCGACCCUCCAGUGUCUCCUUCGCUCUCUUCCUUCCUGUUCUGUCCCCUCUGGGUGGGCCGACCCUGAAAGCUGGCCGGGGGGAGGGGGCAAGUGACCGGUGGGAGCUUACUUUCGGCCCAGUGUGGGCCCACCCAGCGGCAGUCUGUUGGCGCCUGGUUUGGGUUUUUAACGUGUGCGUGCCCCAGCCUGACCACAUCUCCCUGUGCUGCCCCACCCUUUCUCUGGCUUUGCCCUCACCAGCUGCUGCGUCCAGCUUCAGAAGGUGUUCCUCCAGUUUGGGCUGGUGAAUGAUGCUGACCUGUCGAGGUGAGUGCAGCCUGAUCUGUGUUGUUUCCCCCCCCCCCCCCCCCGCCCCCACCUCCUCCUAAAGGACUGGUUUUAAUUGUAACCCCUCCUCCACUUCACCCCACCUGGACCCCGUGUAUGGACAGUGUCAUAACCUGAGGUCGGGUUGUGGGACGGGGGCAUGUGCCCCCCUGCUCACCCUCAGCCUGCGUUCGUGCCCUCCCCUGUGCAAGGUUUGAGCUGUCCCUUUAAUUCUCCUCUGGCUGGGUGCAUUACCCCCCCACCCACCCCCCUCACCAAAAAUCCAUAUCUGCUUCGGGUGCUGGGCAGUGCCAAGCAUCAGUCAUGGGGCAUCCUGGCUCAUUUCCUCACCCAUAGUGGGAAAGCUCAGCCCAGUGCUCCCCAGGCCUGGAGGGCUUUGAGAAUCUUGGAUGGUAAGGUGUCCCAGUGAGGGUUCAGGGUGUGGGGGGUAGCGGGGUCAGUGGGUAGUGACCAAGGGGGCAUGACCCCCCUUGAUUGAUUUUAUGCCCAUUCCGAGCACUCUCAAAUCUCCCCGUUAUUAAGAAGAGGAGACAUUGAAAACACAAGAAAAUGAGUCCCUCCAGACGACGGGAUGAUUCUGUAAAAUGUCUACCUUCGUCCACGUUUAUAUAAACUAGAGAGCAGGGGAUGGGGUCCCCAAUCAACCAGGAUAUGUUCUGAAGGCACGCUGAGAGAAAUUUGGGAGGAGUUCCCUCCUAAAUGUGUCAGUCACGGCUCACUCAGUUGGCAUUGAGAGAGUGUUUGCUUCUUCUGACUUCACCUUGCUGUCUUCAGAGGUUGGAGAUGGAAGGGGAAUGCGUAGGCCGAAAACUCACUCCCCUCAAUAGCUGCUUAAUCCCAAAUGUCCGCCCGUCACUGUGCCUUUGGCUGGGAGCAGUGCUGAUGGAAUAGGAUCCCUUCGGGUGUGAAGCUGAGCAAGGGCCGUCCUGUCACAUCACCCCCUCCUGAAGGGUACCCACUCUCGCCAGGUGGGUCUCCAAGGUCCCCAGGUCCUCAGCUGCCUACCCACAGGGGCAAGGGGAUAACAAACAGGUUUCACCCCCUGGGUGUCAGGGAAUAGGGGGACACCGGGAGGAGUCGGUGCCUCAAGACUGGGCCUUGAGGCGCUGGUGACCUGUUCAGACACCAAUUAAUACACACCUCGGCAUCGGUGCUGCCGACUUUGGGAAUGCUUCUGCGUACUUUGGUGAGGAUGUUCCCUUCCGUUCCAGUCAAUUCUGAUUUUAACGCAAAUGUGAUUAUUCCUCUCCUUUAAGAUGUAGCAAGUUGUUAGUGAGUCAGGCAGCUGUGCUUGCGCCAGUGUAAUGCCCGUCGGGUUUGCCUUGACGGCUGCAACCCACCCAAAUAGUCCCCGUGGAUAAUCCUUUUGCCCGUGUAUCUCCAGGCCGCGUGUCCAGGGGAAUGAGCCUGUGCCAGUUCCGUGGGCGCAACAGAUCCCCCCUGCAGGGUGCUCGCAAUGUCCUGCUGGCAAACCGAAGCGAUCUCCUCUGAAAAGAGAGAGACUCCAGUUACUCAGCAGAUUCACCCCCCCACUCCCUCAAGUGAAACGACUCACUUCCCUCCCCCAGCACCCCCCCCCCACCACCGCCUCAACCCUUGCCAAGACGGGGAGGAGGGAGGGAGGGAGAUCAGCUGAGCUUGCGUGUCCAAGAGUGCUCGGUCUCGAAAGCAGCGCCCUCGUUGUGCAUGCUGGAGCUCCGUUUUCUAUCCAAGGGGGGGAUUGCAAGUUUGUACAUGUGGCGUGUUUCCCUCCACCUCCCACAAAGCCCCUUCCCACCACCCUGCAAAGAACUGGACCUCCUGGGCCCUCCUGCUGUAAAUGAAACCUUUUCUGCUCUUUGUUAAUGGAGCAGGUUAGUGUGAACUGUAUAGAACUGUACAUAAACGACCUGCUUGAUAUGUG